UAUCUUCUUUCGUAGGAAAACACAAGCCAGCUUCAAGUGUUUUCUUCCAUACAAACCUUACUUCUCUUACACUAUAUACAUACAUAUUUCUCCCUACAAAACUCGAACUCGAACACGAACGCAAACUCAAACUCGAAAAAGAAGAAGAAAUAUGGAAGGAAAAGGAAUUCCAAACAACAGUUUGUUAGAGAAACUCAAGCCAUACAUAGCUAUGAUUUGCUUGCAAUUUGGCUAUGCUGGGAUGAACAUUGUCACCAAGGUUUCCCUUAAUGGUGGGAUGAGCCACUAUGUCCUUGUCGUGUAUCGCCACGCCUUUGCUACGGCUGUCAUUGCUCCUUUUGCUCUUGUUUGUGAGAGGGGUAAAAGGCCAAAGAUGACAUUGCUUAUAUUUGCACAAAUGUUUGUGUUGGGGCUCCUUGGGCCACUAAUUGAUCAAAACUUCUACUACUUGGGAUUGAAAUACACUUCUCCUACCUAUGCAUGCGCCAUGAGCAACAUGCUUCCGGCCUUGACAUUUGUCAUGGCCGUCCUAUGCAGGAUGGAGAAGGUGCACAUAAAAAAGUUGAGGUGCCAAGCAAAAGUAGUGGGAACUUUAGUCACAGUAGCGGGUGCAAUGUUGAUGACAUUGUACAAAGGUCAUGUCGUCAAUAUGGUGUGGUCUUCUCAUAUCCAUCCUGCCCACACCUCCUCCGCCUCCGUUGCUGCCGCCGAUAAAGAUUGGGCUAAGGGUUCGAUUCUCCUUAUCUUAGCCACCCUUGCUUGGGCCGCCUUUUUCAUCCUCCAGGCAAUAACAAUGAGGAGAUAUUCAGCACAUCUAACAUUGACAACACUAGUAUGCUUUAUGGGUACCUUGCAAUCUAUUGUUGUGACUUUUGUUAUGGAGCACAAACCCUCUGCAUGGAAUAUUGGUUGGGACAUGAAUCUUCUUGCUGCUGCCUAUGCUGGUAUUAUAACAUCCGGAAUUGCGUACUAUGUACAAGGUAUUGUUAUGGAGAAAAGAGGACCCGUUUUUGUUACGGCUUUUAGCCCCUUGAUGAUGAUCAUUGUGGCUUUCAUGGGUUCUUUCAUCCUUGCUGAAAAGAUUUACGUUGGAGGUAUUAUGGGAGCUGUAUUGAUAGUGAUGGGAUUAUAUUCAGUACUAUGGGGGAAGUACAAGGAGUACAAAGAGCAAGAAAUCGAAGAAAUUCCCGAAGCAAUCAAGGGGUGCAACAAUUUUCAUAGCAACGAAAUGGGAACCAUCGUUGAAGACCAUGAGUUAGAUGAUGUUGAAUCACAAAGAAAUGUCGAAGCUAGUCGUGUUCCUAACGUAGUGGUUAGCUCGCCGAUGCCACAACCUCCGAUGUUAGCCAUGGAAGCACCCAUGAAGGGAUCGGAGGACAAGUAGCUUAGGAAAACAAAAAAAAAAAAAAAACAAAAAAAAAAAAAAAAAAAAAAAACAAACUUUGUACUAUAAGAUGGGAGGGAAAAGGCAAGUAUAUUAUUAUUAGGUAUGCAUGGAAAAGAAAAGGGGCUUUUUUGUAAUUUGAUCUCACUUUUCUUUCUAACCCACCACCCCCUAGCUUCUUGGUGUGUUGUUGCACAAUUAACAUAAUUUCACUCUUUUUUGCUCUUUUUUUUUGGGGGGGUAUCUCACUUUAAUUUAAGAUUAUGGUAUCAAAUAAUUUACAUGUAAUAAUAAUGUACUUUCAUUGAUUUAGAAUUUACUAAAUGGAUUGAAAAUGAAGAGCUUUUUGAAUAAUUAAUAAAAUAAUUACAUGUGUUUAUAUUACUUGGU